AUGUUAGAUAGAGAUAUAAAUAUCUCUGAAGUAGAAAAGGUACUAAAAUUACUUAAACAAAACAAAUCACCUGGCGAAGAUGGUAUAAUAUCAGAAUUUUAUGUUUUAUACUGGGAUAUAAUAAAAGAAGAUUUCUUUAGUUUAUUACAAGAAAUUUUUAAUGAUACUAUAUUGAGUAACUCUCAACAUAAGGGGGUCUUAACCUUAUUACAUAAAGGAGGGGAAAGGGAAAAUAUAAAAAAUUGGAGACCACUAACUUUACUAAAUUGUGAUUACAAAAUUAUUGCAAAGAUUCUAUCUGAAAGACUUAAAAUAGUAUUGCCUAAAAUUAUUCAUACCGAUCAGAAGGGGUUUGUUAAAGGUAGAAAUAUAAGCGAGGCUAACCGAAUGAUUCAGGACAUUAUAGAAUAUAUUGACAACGAAGAUGAAGAAGGAAUUAUAUUAUUUUUGGAUCAACAAAAAGCUUUUGAUAGGGUUGAAUGGGAAUGGAUAGAUUUUGUAUUGGAGAAAUUUGAAUUUGGCGGGAAAUUUAGAGCAUGGAUAAAGAUGCUAUUAUAUAAUGCUACUACGUGUAUCAAAACUAAUGGGUUUGUAUCAAGAUACUUUUCUAUUACUCGCUCCGCUAGGCAAGGGUGUCCAAUAGCGCCUCUGUUGUAUAUCAUACAAGCUGAACCCAUGGCAUGUGCAAUAAGGGGUGACAUUAAAAUAGAAGGAUUAAAAUUACCAGGAGGGGGAGGGAACUUUAUAGAAACCAAAUUAUGUAUGUUUGCAGAUGACACCCAGGAUAUUCAAAAGGAUCCACGUGUAAAGGAGAAGUUUUCAUUUUAUUCAAAGUUCCAUGGUUAUGAUAUUCGUAAUCGUUAUGGUGCAGAAAAAGUCAAAUCGGGACUUCGAGUAAUGAGACCACCAUCAUGGAAACCACCAGAUGGAUACGAAUAUAAAGACUGUCGACUGAUUGGAACCAUUUUCCAUGUUGCAAAAUCUGGUGCUGUCAAGGUUCAGUGGGACAUAUCAAAAGAGAUAGAGAAUUGUGUUAAAAAAUCGAAUGGCCAAUAUGAGCUUCUUGUAUAUGACAAUGCUCAGAUAGGUGUGACUCAUUCACAUGUACAGUGUGAUGGGUGCAGCGAAUAUCCUUUAAGAGGAAUAAGAUGGAAAUGUGUGAAUUGUCCAGACUUUGACCUGUGCAGCAGUUGUUAUAUGAAUGAUGAACACGAUAUUAAUGGUCAUAUAUUUAAAAGAAUCCAAAGCGAAAAUGCAAAAGGUGUACAGAUGAUGUCGAGAAUCAGGGAAGAUUGUUUUGAAGACAUGACGGCUGCAAUUGGAAUUACAGAAGGCACAACAGUUCAACUUCGAAGUGACGAUUCAUGUGUGGGUACUGUUAGAAAGCUUGUACACAAAAAGAUUGACGUAUUUAGAUCGGACGCAAAAGUGAAAUCGAAAGGUAUUGAAGUUAGAUAUGCUUUAGGCAGAGAAGGAAAAUGUGAUUUGAAAUUCACCAAAGAAGGAGCAGGUCCAGUGUUUUAUGUGGAUCACUUGCCUGUUGUAUCAAGUGAGUCUGCAUCUCCUGGAUUACGAGUAGUUAGAGGCCCAGCAUGGAAUGAAAACUACAAAGACGACGAUGGAGGAUUAGGAUAUCUUGGAACAAUGAUAAAAGUGCACAGGAAAUCCACUAAAAAUGCCACAACUGAUGAUCAAUCAGCAGAAAAUCAAAAAAAAUCUAGUGAACCAAAAAUUGUAGAAGUUCAAUGGGAUAAUGGAAAUAUACGUUCUUAUAACUUGCAGAACGAAAUUCUACGAAUGUUUGACAAUGGACCAAUAGGAGUUGAACAUGAAAGUUAUUUCUGUGAUAUAUGUAAUUCACCAGGGGAAUAUAAUGAAUGCAUAAAAGGUUUCAGAUGGCGUUGUUUGGAAUGCUCAGAUUAUGAUUUAUGUAAUAAAUGUUAUAUGGAAGAUAAAGAUGAUAUAACUCACAGGUUUCAAAGAGUUUCUGCACCAAACAACUGGGAACAACAUAAUUCAAUAUUUUGUCGAGAAAAUUCGAAAAAAAUACAGUCAUAUGGAAUUUUUGAGGGUGCAGAGGUGGUUGAAUUGGUUGCUCAGGAUAAUGACAAAACUAAUUCAGAUAAACAAACUGGAACAGUAAAAGAAAUUUGCAAUUGCAAAAUAGACAAUGGAAGAAGCGACGUCGAAGUACACUGGUCCGAUAGAAAAGAGAGCCAAACUGAAUGUAUUAGCAAACAUGAUUUUCUCGACUUGGUAUUGAGAGACUACACGUUUGCUGGAAAAGGAACUGCGUUAGAAGAUGUGACUUUAGCAUUUAGAAGGAUGAUUGAUCAGCCAACAUCACCAGAUAUGGACUUGAUAAUGUCAUUGAUAAAACGAUACGUGGUUUUGAUGUAA